AUACACUACGGGGCUUCCAGAAAAUAUUUUAACGGUUUUGGAGGAGGAAGGCAGAUUAUCUAGUCUGCAGGUUUUCUUGCUGAAUUUAUUGAGUGAGGCGUUAAAAGAUAGUUCACUUGCCUUCUCAACGUAUUUUGUUUACAAAAUAUCGACAUACAUAGUUUUUGAGCAUAAUCUUUUCUGAAUUUUCUAGUAGCCAACCAUGGAGAAUGAAAAUUACAAGGGAGCUGCAAGGGAAGAAAGUGAAGUUGAAAUUAAGGAUCAACCUGGUCCUUAUGUUGAGCCUGAACUUGAUGAAGAAGCUGCUGUUAAGGAACGUUUAACUUCUGAUGACCCUACUAAAGUCAAAUUUAGUCCAGAGAAGGGUCAUGCUGAUGAGAAUGGUGAAGCCAAGGUUGACAUAGAAAAUGUCCAGAAUUUUGUUGGGUUGGGUAAAGAAGAACUGAUGAAGUAUGCCAAUGAUCCAUUUUGGAUUCGUCUUCGAAUGCUGCUAUUUAUUCUUUUCUGGGUCCUUUGGGUGGCUAUGUUGAUUGGAGCAGUUAUCAUCAUUGUUUUGGCUCCACGCUGUCCUCCUCCUCCUCAACGGGAAUGGUGGCAGAAAAGUAGUAUCUAUCAGGUGUAUGUGAAGUCUUUCAAAGACUCCAAUGGUGAUGGAGUAGGAGACCUUAAAGGUUUGACUUCAAAACUGGAUUACUUUGAUUCUCUUGGUGUGAAAGCUCUUGCACUGAAUCCGAUCUAUCCUUCUGGGUCUGAAGUUGGAGGUUAUGAUAUAACCAACCAUACAGACAUUAACACUGACUAUGGUACUAUGGCAGAUUUUGAGGAUUUAUUAAACAAAAUGAAAGACAAAGAUAUGAAAAUAAUCUUGGACUUUGUACCAAACCACUCCAGUAAUAAUCACUGGUGGUUCCAACAGAGUGAAAAAAGAGUGGAUCCAUACACAGACUACUAUGUGUGGGCUGAUCCCAAGCCCUCACCUGAUGGAGGCAGGAAAGAACCUAACAAUUGGAAAAGUGUUGAUGGUGGGUCUGCCUGGGAGUGGAGCUCUGUUCGAGGACAGUACUACUUGCACCAGUUCAAAGUUUCAGAGGCUGACCUGAAUCUGAGAAAUGAAAUUGUUAAAGAGGAGCUCGUGGAUAUCUUGAUGUUCUGGUUAAACAAAGGAGUGGAUGGUUUCAGAAUAAAUGAUGUCAGUUACCUGUUUGAAGACGAAAUGUUGAAGGAUGAACCACUGUCUGGAGAUACUGAUGCAGGAUCUGAUGAUUACAGCUCCUUAAACCACAUAUACACCAGAGGACUACCAGAAACUUUUAAUCUUCUGAAGGAGUGGAAGGAAAUUUUAUUGAACUUCAGCGAUACCAGCAGUUCCUACAGUGUAAUGAUACUAGAUGCCAAAGAUGAUUUAAACACUACAAAGUUGUAUUAUGGAACCUCAUCUGAACCUCUUGCUGACAUUCCAUGUAACUAUGAAUUACUGAAAUUGAAUGAAGACUCCACAGCACAAGACCUCUAUAAUGCUAUGUCUUCUUGGAUGCAACUCUUGUCAUCGAUGGUGUGGCCAAACUGGGUGCUGGGGACUUUGGACACGCCACGUCUAGCCAAUAGAAUUGGACAUGACCUGUUAGAUGGUAUGCACAUGGUGACUAUGCUAGCUAAAGGAACUCCUCUAACUUUCUUUGGAGAUGAGUUAGGCAUGGAAGAUUCCCCAGACAGAUUUUCAGACUUCUCAAAAAUAACUAAAAAGGGUGGUACACAAAAGGUUGAUCCCAGUCCAAUGCAAUGGUCAGGAGAACCAUUUGCUGGUUUUACCAAUAGCUCAUCUGCUUCGUUACCCAUGGGGCUCAACUAUACAUCUGUGAAUGUUGAGGAGGAAGAUAAGGAGGAUUAUUCACAUCUGAAAAUUUUCAUGAAGCUUAAUAAACUUCGAGGAGAAAAAGCUAUCAAGUUUGGACUGAUGGAGUUUCCUGUUAUAACAGACAACAUUUUCUCCAUGAUUCGAGUACUAAAAGGAGUUCCUGGUUACCUGGUGGUGAUGAACAUGGGAGAUAAUUCCACCACUGUGAACUUCAAAGGUACAAACGAGCACCUCCCAGACACAGCAGAAGUAGAGCUUCACAGUAGUAAUGUGAAGUCUGGUGCACUUACAAGUUCUGGCCAUACUAAAAUUCAACUAAGCAGUGUACCUUUAGGACCGAAGCAGGCUGCUGUUCUCAACAUUGUUCCCAAGUUUGAAUAACCAACCAUUUGGUUUAAGAUUAAAUGUUGUUGAACAAAUAGAUUAAAAGACGUUCAAAAAUAGAGAAUUUACUUACAUUUUGUUGUUAGAUCUUUUUUACACUUUUUUUUUUUUUGUCUCUUGUGCUGAUGAUGCCUUUGCUCCUUUUUUUUUAUUACUAGCUACUAAUAUAAUAGAAAAUAAAUAUUGCAUGAAAAA